AUUUUUUUUCCCUAUCUUUCUUAAGCUGUCGCCGUGCACACCUUGCGGAUAAGCCUUGGAACUGCGCCAUGUUUCCGAGGUUUUUAAGGAAUUAAAGUUAUUUUCUUUUUAUUUUCAUUAUUGUUCUUCUUUUUUCGCCUGCUUUAUACAUUCAAGACCAACCAAAAAUUCGACACCACUCUCCUUCCAUUUCUUAGCAUCUAAUUCCAACCUCUGUCCCCUAAACUUUAACAAAGCACCCAGAAUGAUUUUGUUCUUUUUUUCUUAGCCAUAAACAUAUUAGGCACCGUUUUCAUCGUAUUGUGAUUUUGUCUAGUCGAAAUAAAUAGGGAAGCUUGCAGUGCAAAGGGUAUGUCUAUUAUAGGCGCAUAUUCACAUUUUCUAUACAAAGAGGUUUACCCGAGAGAUCAACAGUACUUGGUAAGUGGCAGGGGCUACCUGUUAUCACGCAAGAGUGGUUGUGGGAAUAUAUGGAUUGAAAGCAGAAACAGAGAACGCAAAAUUAGAGGGAGGAAUUUGAGGGUGGAAGCUAUGUGGCCAGAUUUGUCAAGACCAAGUGCAGUAGAGUUGGAAGCCAUUAAUGACUCUGAGCAAAUGGAUCAAAUUCUAGUUCAUGCUCAGCAAAACUCUCAACCUAUCCUCGUUGACUGGAUGGCUGCAUGGUGCCGGAAAUGCAUCUAUUUGAAGCCCAAGUUGGAAAAAUUGGCCGCUGAAUUUGACACCAAAGUCAAAUUUUAUUACGUGGACGUGAAUAAAGUACCUCAGUCUCUAGUCAAACGUGGAAACAUCUCUAAAAUGCCAACAAUUCAGCUGUGGAAAGAUGGAGAGAUGAAAGCAGAAGUCGUUGGAGGCCAUAAGGCCUGGCUAGUCAUUGAAGAAGUCAGAGAUAUGAUCCAAAAGUUUAUAUGAUACAUUCUUCUGUUAUAUAUUUCCCUCUUGCCCCAGAAUACCAAAAAAGUUAAUAUUUAAAAAAAAUAAUCUUCUAAUGUUUUUAUUUUUAUCUUUCUUUAUGCUGGCCACCACGUGUAACUGUGUAUCAUAUAUUAGUGGAACUCUCUCCAAUAGCCAAAACAAAUUGAAGAGGUGUUUUAUGUUUUAUACGAAGAAAGACUAGAAUAUAUU